AUGAAUAGAGGGCAUGCCAACGUCCUCAAGGACUUCCUGACGCAGAGGUCCCUCCAGACGUACUUGCACAACCUCAAGGAAGUUGGUGACCACCCAAACUUCAACUACAUCGAAGACUUCAUGGAGCAUCAAGGUGUUUGCAACCUGCAUGGGUACGGAGCUCUCAAGGUCGGAUGGCAUGAGUACAUCUCCAAGCUCUAUCGUCAGGCAGACUCAGAGUACAAGAUGAAGAGGAUGCUAUACAGAGGAGGAACGAGCGGCAACCCAUACAUCCAGGAGCAGUUCAUGGAGAUCUCGACGAUGAUCAGGCCAAGAAAGGCUGCGAUUGCGAUCAUGGAGCUGCGCGAGCACAUCGCGGGUGAAUGGCAGAAGGACCUGCAGCUCGUUGCCCGGGAGAACGCCGAGCACUGGCGCCAUCAUCUUGCCAAGGUCCAGCACAACGGGACCGACCCCGAGCUCCACAAGCAGCACAGGCUCCUCAUCACCACUGACGAUGACUCUGCUCUGCGGAUCGACAACUACGACCUCCUCAUCAAGUUCUGCACGCACAUCGCUUGUGAGCAGGUGAUGGAGGAGCUGGCAGCGAACCCCAAGGACGAGCACUCGGCCAUCUGGCUCAAGGAGUACAUGCAGAACAGAGGGACCCGCUCGUUCGGGACCGUCCAGACUCGCCGAGUGGGAUGGAACUUUCUUAACGACAUCCUGAACGAGCCUCCUCGUGUGAUCUCGGGAACGGGACGCGAUGCUGACACGUUGUGUCUUAUCGAUCCGCUGGACAUGGGAGCGAGGAUCAUGGCGCAGCGACAGAAUGUGGCUGAGUGCUGGUUGGAAGUCCUGCAUGAGGUCAAGGACGACAACCUCUCGAUUCACAGGAAGUUCAUGGAAGAUUGCAUGAACACGGUUUUGACGGACUUCUGGAAGAAUAACUGA